AUGCUUAGACGGUCUCGUCUUUGGCUGGAGUUGCGCUUUGACUCCAACCCCACAGGGGUGCACAGGAAGCCCGCCGGAAAUCCUCUGGAAGCUCACCGGAAGUCCACUGAAAGCCCCCUCGCCGGAAAACCGCUGGAAACCGACAGGGCGGCCCGCAGCGCCCCCUGUUGGCAGAGUCGCCUGCAAAGUCGAAAUGAGAGUGACUGGUCCAACAUGGGCCACAGCACCCCUGGGCCUCCUCUAAGCCAUCCCCUGCAACACACAGGACAGGAGCAAGCCCCAGCCGCAUCUGAGGAGUGGCUGAGGACUCUGACCCCAGAGCGGAGUCUACAGGGAAGGAGAGCUAUGGGGCCUCUGGCAGGCUCCCUCCUGCUGCUGCUGCUGCAGCUGCUGCCAGAGGCCCAUGGGGAUGUGCUGCCGACAGAGUGCGGCCACUCCAUGGAUACUGGGAAGGCUGUGGGAAGCCAAGACGCCCCAGAAGGACGUUGGCCAUGGCAGGUUGGCGUAUGGGUGGCCUCAGAGGGGCACAUAUGUGGGGGCUCCAUCAUCCACCCCAGCUGGGUGCUCACAGCUGCCCAUUGCUUCCUCAAGUCUUUGGAUCCCGGGCUCUACCAUGUUAAAAUUGGAGGGCUGACACUCUCCCUUUUGGAACCCCACUCAUCCUUGGAGGCUGUGGGGAAGCUCUUUAUCCACCCUUCGUACAGUGGGAAUAAGUUUUCCAGUGGAGACAUUGCCCUGAUGCAGCUGGUCUCCCCCGUGCACCCCUCCCAGUUCACUCCGGUCUGCCUCCCAGCAGCACAUGCCUCCUUUGCUGUUGGGAUCAUGUGCUGGCUAACAGGCUGGGGGACCAUCCAGCAGAAAGCUGUGGCGAAUGUCCUUCAGGAAGCGACUGUGCCCCUGUUGGACUCCAACAUGUGCGAUGUAUUGUACCAUCUUGGAGAGUCCAGCCUGGUUGGGCGGCGCCUCAUCCAGGAUGACAUGCUGUGUGCUGGCUUUGUUGGGGGCAAGAAGGAAUCCUGCCAGGGUGACUCCGGGGGCCCACUGGUCUGUGCCAGCAACAGCACGUGGGUCCAGAUCGGGAUUGUGAGCUGGGGGUUUGGCUGUGCUCGGUCCUACCGGCCAGGUGUCUAUACCCGAGUGCUAAGCUACACAGACUGGAUUGAGAAAACCCUGGCCCAGUAUCAGUCAGGUGCCCCUGAGCUCCGCUCAAUUGCCCCCAAGUCCUACACAAUCACUCCUAAGUCCCCUCCAAAAACCUCUGGAUCCCGUCCAGGUGCCUCUGGGUCCCACCUAGGCACCCCUGGUUCCUACCCAGCACUGCUGCCUGUGCUGUGGGCCUUACCCUUGCUUGGGGCCCUGUGAAGCAUGAGUUAUGGAGUCUGGGAUCCCAUUCUGAAAGAGUU